AUGAGAGAGAUUUGCCACAUCCAAGGCGGGCAGUGCGGCAACCAGAUCGGAGCAAAGUUUUGGGAGGUUUCGUGCGACGAGCACGGCAUCGAUCCCACCGGAACUUACCGCGGCGACUCGGACCUCCAGCUCGAGCGGAUCAACGUCUACUACAACGAGGCCACCGGCGGACGCUACGUUCCCCGCGCGGUUCUCAUGGACCUGGAGCCCGGAACCAUGGACAGCGUGCGCUCGGGGCCUUACGGCCAGAUCUUCCGCCCGGACAACUUCGUGUUUGGCCAGACCGGCGCCGGGAACAACUGGGCAAAGGGUCACUACACCGAGGGAGCCGAGCUCAUCGAUUCGGUGCUCGACAUUGUCCGCAAGGAGGCCGAGAGUUGCGACUGCUUGCAAGGAUUUCAAAUAUGCCACUCCUUGGGAGGGGGCACGGGAUCCGGCAUGGGGACGCUGCUCAUCUCCAAGAUCCGGGAGGAGUAUCCGGACAAGAUGAUGCUCACAUUCUCCGUCUUCCCAUCGCCCAAGGUGUCCGACACGGUCGUGGAGCCUUACAACGCGACGCUGUCGGUUCAUCAGCUGGUGGAGAACUCGGACGAGUGCAUGGUCCUCGACAACGAGGCCCUCUACGACAUCUGCUUCAGAACCCUCAAGCUCACCACGCCAACCUUCGGUGAUCUCAAUCACCUCAUCUCGGCCACCAUGAGCGGCAUUACGUGCUGCCUCCGCUUCCCGGGCCAGCUGAACGCCGACCUCCGCAAGCUCGCCGUCAACCUCGUGCCCUUCCCGCGCCUCCACUUCUUCAUGGUGGGCUUCGCGCCGCUCACGUCGCGCGGCUCGCAGCUGUACCGCGCGCUCACCGUGCCGGAGCUGACGCAGCAGAUGUGGGAUGCCAAGAACAUGAUGUGUGCAGCGGAUCCCCGGCAUGGCCGCUACCUCACCGCCUCAGCCAUGUACCGCGGGCGGAUGAGCACCAAGGAGGUGGACGAGCAGAUCCUCAACGUCCAGAACAAGAACACAUCCUACUUCGUGGAGUGGAUCCCAAACAACGUCAAGUCGAGCGUGUGCGACAUCCCGCCCAAGGGGCUCAAGAUCUCCGCCACCUUCAUCGGGAACUCAACGUCGAUCCAGGAGAUGUUCAAGAGGGUCGGGGACCAGUUCACAGUGAUGUUCCGGCGCAAGGCGUUCCUGCAUUGGUACACGGGCGAGGGGAUGGACGAGCUCGAGUUCACUGAGGCCGAGAACAACAUGAACGAUCUGGUGUCCGAGUACCAGCAGUACCAGGACGCCAAGGCCGAGGAAGAGGGCGAGUUCCAGGAAGAUGACGACGACGAAAUUCACAUAGCAGAUUUAUUCAAGAGAUUUGCAGCGCCUACAGUGUCUUGUAGAGGUAGCUCUCAACGCUCUCGGGCAUCCCUUGGCUGUCCAUGUAGAGGAGCGAGUAUCCCUUGGCAAAGCGAAAGACUCCGGAGGUGCCAGUGACCGAAACUUCGGGUGUUCUGGCGCUGCUCGAGGCUCGGCCUUGGUAGAUGAGGUUCCCUUUGAUGGUACUUCCAUUAAAGGAGCUCGUAAGAUAGAAGAGAGUCGACGAUCCAGCAGCGUCCGUGAUGGAGUAUCCUUGGAGCCGGCCUAUACACUCGGACGAGUUGCUUCGAGUGCCAUGGAUCGGGCUAUCGAUGACACGGACGAUCCCCAUGCCGGAAGAUAGAGGGGAUGAAGAUGGCGGUGGAUUGUUCUCCCAGUUGCGACGAACGAAGAAAGAUAUCUGCGGAGACAAGCAAGAGAGUUUGAGGAAGCAAGAGUUUUUCUCGACCACCUUUCUUUGAAGUUGGAGACUGUUUGCCGCUGUGGCUGCUACAAGAAGUAGAACGAUCAUCAGCUUGGAAUCCAUGGAAAAAACUUUGAAAAACGAGACUUGAGCUUGGCAGGCCUCA